AUACCUUCGUUCGGCCUUUCGGCAUUGUGUCGUGCGUCUUUAAACUGUGAUCAUAUUUUUGCCUGAUUAUUUAUAAAACGUAAAUUAAUUUAACUAAUUUAUAUUGUUAAUUAAAAAAAUUAUUGUUAUUAUUGUUUAUUUAUUUAAAUUUGCACUGUGAUUUAAAGUUUAGUGAUGUUUUUAAUUUUUUUGAUUAAAAAGUGAUUAUGAUUUGUGAUUUAAAUAAAUAUUGUAAAUUUGUGCCAAUUUUUGAUAUUGGAUUUAUAAUAUUGCUGUUAAUUAAAUUAUUUAUUUUUAAUUAAAUUUUUUUUUUAUAUUAUAGUCAUUAUUACUUAUGAAUUUUUGGAAUAAUUGGAUAGUUAUGUCUACGUAUUAUGGCAGAUCCGUUGUCGAAGAGACUUGUCAAGGCUGAGUACAUGGGUUCGUUUUCAGUGGCGAGUCCUGAGAUUUCCAGACGAGCUGAAUUUGUACGAUCCCAGCUCGAAAACCUGAGGCACAGCGAUCGAUCGACAUCUGUACUUUUAAUUGUUUCGCUCGCUGGGAUAAAAGUAUGCAGCCCCGAUGGAAACCGAGUGCAAAUGGCACAUGCGUUGAGACGCAUCUCAUACGCAAACUGUGAACCGCAAUUUGCACAAUUCAGUUUUCUAGCACGUGAACCACGUGCACAUUUUAGUAUUCAAUAUUGUCAUUCAUUCAUCACCGAAUCACCUGAACAGGCUGAGGAAUUAAAUACAAUUGUUGGAAAUGCUUUUCGCAUGGCUUAUGUGGCGCAAAUUCAGCGUCAGCCAAUUCUUCAAGAUGUGAUAACAUCAAAUAAAAAUACAAAAGAACACAAAAACGUCUGGAACAAACCAUUGAGUGGUAAUUGUGAAAACAAUAAUAAUUGUAAUGGUGAAAAUUUAAUAGUAAGUGGCUAUAAAAAUUUAUCAACAAAUUCUUGGCUUAAAAGUCGAACAACCCAGGGAUCACAUCGUGGAAGCGGCUCGUCCGCAGUUGACAUGAACGUCCAGAUUGGCAGUGCCGGAUCGCCCACGCUGCGACUCGCCAGCGUCAAGACACCAAAUUCAAUACCAGGUCUUCGGCCAUCACACACAUUUAAUAAUGUACGUGGUAACAUAACAGUUAAUAAUCAAGAUGAAAAAAGUAUAUCACAACAAAGUACACCAAGUAGUGAUGAGAGUAAUUCACCAACAGAACUUAAUUCAUACAAAAGACUUACUGAUAAACCACCAUUAAUAAAACGUCUUACAAUGGGAUUAACAAGUGGUGUACUUGGUCUUAAUGGUGAUGAUGAUAGUUGUCCUCUUGUUAGUGGUAGUAGUACACCAACAACACCAACAAAUAGACCACAUUCUGGUGGUUAUAUUAAUGAAGCCAUCAUUGAAACGGAAAAUACAAGAACGUCUUAUAAUAAAAUACCACCAUCUGAAAGUAUUGAUAACACAUUAAGCUCUACAAUAAAUACGAAAAAUUUAAAUGUCGAAAUAAAUAGAAUUGGUCAUUCGCCAAAUUCAGGAACAGAUAAUGAUUUUAAAACAAAAAGAAGAUCACAAAUAAGUACAUCAAGUAGUUCAGUACCAGCUGAUGGAAGUACACAUGGUUCAACACCAACACCACCACCAUUACCAGAAAGAACUGAUAGUCUAAAUAAUCGUUGUGAAGAAGGUGAAUUACGAAAAGCACCAUGGUUUCAAGCUGGAAUACCACGAGAAAUAACACUCGAAGUAUUGAGCCAAGAACCUGAGGGUGCAUUUAUGGUACGUGAAAGUACAAGUAAACCAGGAUGCUAUGCAUUAUCAUUACGUGUACCACGUGAAUUUCAACCAAGUGGAAUUGCCCAUUAUCUUAUUAUGCGAACAAAUAAAGGCUAUAAAAUCAAGGGAUUUACUAAGGAAUUUUCAACGCUAACUGCAUUGAUAACCCAUCAUUCUGUGAUGCCAGAAUUAUUACCAUGUCCAUUAUCAUUAAGCCGUUAUAAUCCAAGUUUUGUAAAAACCGACUCAAACAAAGAUUUUGCUGACAUUGAUUCUGAUCCAGAUUACAACACUCUUGCUGAUUUUCGAAAAAUGAUGGCUGAUUUAAAAGACUAAAUAAACAAACAAAAAUAAAAUCAAAUAAUAUUUAAUAAAUAAACAAGUGAUGUACGAGAAAAUAAAUUUAAAAAAAGACCAUGAAAGUCACAGUGAUAGAAUUUAAGGUGUUUUAAAUUAAGUAAUUUAUGCUAGAAAAUUUUUUUAAAACAAUAUCGUGGUGUUUCGGGUGAAAAAUAAAUUAAAUUAAAAAAGCUUUCACUUGACUGGUUCGAGACACAAGCACAAACAAAAAUCACUGCCAAGAAUUUGUUCUUUUUUUUCGAUAUAUUUUUUUUUCUUGAUGAUGGAACAAUUAGAAAAUAAAUAAAUAAAUAAAUGUAUCCACGUAAAUGUAUUCAGCGUGAAUGUAAAAACAAUAUGAAUUGAUGUAAAUGUGUUUAUAUGUAUAUAAAGUAUAAUUGUUAACUGGUAUAUUAUUUAAUUAAAAUAUAAAUAAAAUAAUAAUGUGCAAGAGAUGCAAAUGUAAACUCGAUUGCUCGACUAAAACUAGUCUUGUACAGUGGCAUUUAGUUUCAAUUAUCCAAAAAUAAAAAAAAAUAUAUAUAUACGUUUAAGAAAUAUAUUAACGAAUAAAUUACUAUGACGAAAUCAACGGGCAAAUGUCAGAUCAUACGCUUUUUUUAAUUUGCAAUUUAAUGAAAAUAAAAAGCUAAAAAAAUGUAAACAAUUUGUGUGAUGAUAAAAAAAUUUAAAAAAACAUUUAUCAAUGGAAAUUUAAAUGUUAUUCUAUUCAUUUGUAUAUCGAAAUACAAAAAAUAAAAAAAAAAUUAAAAGCGAUGCAUUGUAUAAUAUUAAUAAUAAAAUUAUUUAUUACAAAAAAAAAAACAAAAAAAAAA